AUGUCUCAAAAUGGCCACUCGCCCGCGACAAAAACCUGUGCUGCCCCUACCAGCAAAUCACCGGAGACCUACUGGCUUGACGAGCAGGACCACAACCAACAAGGAGCAGGAUUUGCUCCCUACGCUAAAACGUCUCUCUACCCAGUGUAUCGAAAUGUGAUGGAUUACUCGGUCGUCAAUGAUGGCAGUGGUAAUCAGACUCCGAAACUACAGAAAGCGAUAGACGAUGACGGCGUGGGCGGCAGUCGCAAGGGCCAAGGUGUCACGCGGUACCCUGCCCAGGUCUACCUUCCAGGCGGCGUGUACCAGCUUGAAAGCACUCUCAACCUGACUGUGGGUACGAUAAUUGUUGGUAAUCCGUUGAACCCGCCUAUCAUCAAAGCUGCGCCGGGAUUCCGUGGUGACCAUCUCAUCAUGGGGUACGAUUUACACAACGGCCACCCGGAAACCAGCUUUGCAACCCUUAUCAAGAACGUGAUCGUGGAUACGACCGCCCUCAGCCCGGACCGCCACUUCACUGCUCUUCAAUGGGGAGUUGCCCAAGGAUCAGGUUUGACAAAUGUUAAGAUUCGCAUGCCAAAAGUUUCCAAGGGUCACACUGGAAUCGAUAUAAAUGCCGGGUCAACAAUUGCUGUUACGGAUGUGCAUAUUACUGGCGGAGCUAUCGGGAUCAAGAACUCCAACCAACAGGUCAACUUCAAAAACAUAUAUUUCCAGUCUUGCGGAACAGCUUUCUCUGCGGCAGGUGGGUGGACAGUGCUGCUCCAACAGGCAACCUUUGAUAGCUGCGGCACUGGUAUCGAUAUGACUGGCAAUGGAUUGGGUAGCCUAGUGCUUCUGGAUUCCACUUCCACGAACACAGGGCCAGUAAUCAGAUUUUAUGACUCGUCCCAUGAUUCUGGAAACCGAAAUAGCCAGUUCCUCAUUCAGAACCUCAAGCAUGAUACUCCGAACGCUAUCGCUGUCGACGCUCAUGGAAAUGUGGCAUUGGCCGCUACCCCUCAUGUCGAUACAUGGGUCUGGGGUACUGUUGUUCCAAAAACCUACCAGACUGGGGUAAGCUGGAAGACAAAGCGCCCGGCCGCUUUGUUGGUGGGAAACAAGUACUUCACAAAGGCUCAGCCCACCUAUCAGGAUUACAGCACAGGGGAUAUUGUCAAUGUGAAGACCGUAUCUGGACACACAGUGAAAGGUGACGGUAAGACUGAUGAUACAAAAGGUCUGAACGCUAUCUUGGCUGAAAAUGCCGAUUCGUGCAAGGUGACAUACAUCCCCUUCGGUGUAUAUCGAGUCUCAGACACUAUCUUUGUCCCAGUCGGGACUCGCAUUGUCGGAGAAGCAUGGUCUGUCAUUUCUGGAUAUGGCGACAAGUUCAAGGAUUCCAAUAAUCCGAGGCCCGUUGUUAAACUUGGCAAUCCUGGCGACGUCGGUGUGAUUGAAAUUCAGGAUAUGCGAUUCUCCGUCGGCGACAUCCUGCCUGGGGCCAAGAUUAUUGAAAUCAAUGCCGCAGGUGAUCAGCCCGGCGAUGUCGGUCUUUGGAACACAAUGGCGAUGGUUGGCGGGACCGCUGACACUAGUAUCUCCGGUGCUUGCACGUCGCAAGACCCCAAGGACUGUAUGGCUGCGUUUAUGGUAAUGCACCUGACCAAGAGCUCGUCCGCAUAUAUUGAGAACUUCUGGGGAUGGACCGCCGAUCACAACCUUGAUAGCGACUCCCUUCUCACUAUUAUCUCAACCGGCCGCGGAAUCUUGGUCGAAUCCAUCAAGGGCACCUGGCUGACAGGAACCGGUUCCGAGCAUCACUGGCUGUAUAACUACAACCUCCACAACGCUCAGAAUGUCUUUGCGGGUCUUCUACAAACAGAAACACCGUAUAUGCAGGGUCAUGGCGAGUACCAGGCCGCACCAGCGCCAUGGACAGCCGUUGCCAAAUACGGUGACCCUGAUUUCUCGUGGUGUGCUCCAGAUGACCAAAAGUGUCGCACCGCGAUAGCUACGAAUGUCGACGGCGGAUCUAACAUCGCGCUGUACAACUCAGCUGCCUGGGCCUUCUUCGACGGGUACUGGAAUGGUCUUUAUAAUGAGCCUUGCAAUGGGAACUGCCAAACCAACAUGAUGCGGGUGACGAAUGACCCUCAGAAUCUGGUCUGGUACUCUAUCAGCACGCGGAUGACGGACGUGAUGGUGCUCGAUGGGAAGAGCAAUCCCCGUCAAUCAGACCACAAAGGCGGGUGGGAAGGCAUCAUCCAGGUUUACGGCCAGUUUACAGCGUGA